CGACAAUCUUAUUAAUUUUCUGAUUCAAAAAAUCCAACUUCUACAUUCUCAAUAUCUCGAUAAAGCUCUUUCUGCCCCUCUCGUAUCUUACUUCAAUCAGUGGAGGCUCGAUGGAUCAUAUGGAGUGCUUGCCACUGUGGAGCCUACCCUGAGCGGACCUACUCCACAAGUGGAGACUCGUGUGCUUGCCUUGUGGAGUUCUGUUUUAAGACUGACCAGGCCCUCUCGUGUGAAAUCCUUCAACUGGCAAGGCUGUAGACUAUAAUUGAUUUUUCUUCUUCUACUUGGAAAGUGUUAAGCUUCUUUCAGGGACCACAGACAGCCAUUAUAUAUAUGAAGCGUUCUCAAUCCCAUAUUGGACUGAAAUUAUAUAGACCUCUCUAAUAUGUAUCGGUAGAGCCGUGCAGGUCAGGCGCGAGAAUAGGCGAGAUGAAGAAGUGGCAGAAGCAAGGACUACGUCCCGGAAUGACCCGACCGGGGGAUUGGUAUGAGUUACUUCUGCGUAAUCUGAGAUAUAAAAAGGUAUAACUUCGUUACCAAAAAAAUAUGUCCAUAACUUGCACCAAUGCCAAUCACAGGUAUUCUUCUUAUUGCAUCAAUCGUAGGUAUUGCCCCUACUAAAUCAUAGGUAUUGCCCCUACUCAAUCAUUGAGAAAGCACAUCAAUCAUAGGUACUGCCCCUACUGUGGCGACUACCAAUUUGGGAAGAAUCGAUUUUGUCGCAUGUGCAAUAUGCAGAAGCCGGUUUCUUUGUGGCCACUACUAACAACUCUGGACGAAGAAUGUGGCAACACAACUGGUGCUUCGCCGGUUCUCACUGCGGCACACGUGGCUUUAAGGUUUAGGGUAGCUACUUCUCCUUAUGCCUUGAUUGAACAUUUGAUCAAUGUAACGGUGGAUGCUGUUCUUCUGCAUAAGCAUCUCGACAUAGUUUUUUUUCGAGAUACUACAUCUUGUAGAAGACUUCUUUCUAACUAUAGCGGUGGACCAUCAUCAGUUGAACUUCGGGACCGCGUACAACAAUAUCACGAAUAACAAUGCAUCGACUACGAUGUUAAAAGCAGAAGACGAGCAGAAUUAUAACAACAUGUUGCUCCACCAGCAGCAACAUUCGACUUCUUACGGAUUACGAUUACUGAUGGUCCUUUUCUCUGUUUUGUUGUCUUCUCAUUUGUCCAUAGAAGUCGCAGAUUCAUGGAGGGGUUCAGUUUUCAGGGACAGAACUAGAGAAUGCUCCCUGCUCUAAUUUGCACCACACCAAAGAAAGCAUAGACCCAGUCACCAACCACAGAACAAACGUGCUGGGAAUCAACAGGCUAACGGCAAAGACCAACAUUUAUGAAAGACUACUACAGGAUGAACACGAAAUAGAGAGAGUUCGAUAGGAUGAACAUGAAAUAGUAUGCCCGUGGGGCUUUGGCUCUAGCUUUUUCACAGCGGUGGCCGUUGUGCUUCAUCGUUUGCGUAGUCGUAGCGCCUGGCCGUUGUGCUUCAGGCUUCCCGCGGGGUAAUUGAAUGGAACUAUAGCGGGAAAUUGUAGACCCAGCCCCCCCCAAAAAAAAGUACAUCAGCCCUACCUUGUUGAAUGAAUUAUGAAACACAAGCAAAAUGAGGAGCUUAUAAUCAAUAUACUUAUGUUGAUCCAGUUUUUUAGCAGAAGUCGAUUGCACUUUCAUAACCCACCAACGGACACCAUCGAACCGGUCGUACAAAUACGCAAAGAUUGCAGUCUGCGAAUCAGGCAAGCGCAGUGGCUCAAGUGUUGGCUUUGGAUGCACGCCGGUCACUGGUACUUCUUCUUUUAGAAAGAUUUUCCCUCGGAUUAAAAUCGCGGUAUCUUCAUACCUUGCGUGCCUCAUGGUCCCUUAGGUGCCUCGGCUUCGUCCGUCCCUUAAGUGCCUCAGAGUCCCUUAAGUGCCUCAAUGUCCUUUACCUGCCUCGCCCUUUAUCCGCCUCAGAGCUCCUUAAGUGCCUCAGAGGUCCUUAAGUGCCUCGUUACCCCUUAAGUGCCUCAGGGCCCCUUAACAGCCUCAGUGCCCCUUAACAGCCUCAGAGUCCCUUGAGUGCCUCAAUGUCCCUUAUCUGCCUCAGAGCUCCUUAAGUGCCUCAAUGUCCUUUAUCUGCCUCGUUCCUUAAGUGCCUCAGAGCUCCUUAAGUGCCUCAGGGCCCCUUAACAGCCUCAGGGCCUCUUAACAGCUUCUUCUCAUAUCAACAUGACAGGAACAAAACAAAGCGAGUUCGCCGCGACGUGAUUGCGACGAUGAUGCCUCCUCUUUAUUCGAGGACAUAUACAAUACUGUCUUAGGCGGACAAAGAGUUGGAUAUGGUAGUCUAUUUUUGAAUUUUCUUGUAUAAGUAGUUUUUUUAGGGAGAUCUUUGUCGUGACCACUCAUGUAUUCAAUCAUCCAGAAAUCGGAAUCAAUCGAUGUUCUAGAUACUAGUAUUCCUGUAAUUUGUAUAGGCUACACAAAAUUUGAACUUCCUCCACAGAUUCUACAGCGUGUACUCCUAUACGAGGAUUACCUUCAUCGGAAUUCCAAGAUCCGUUUUAUGGGAUGAAGACUCCAACUUCGAAAUUCGAGAUCCAAAGUUUGCAGUUGGGAAGCACGGCUUAUGAAGAUGAGUUUGAGAGAAGUCAUACAGUCGGUGGUUGGUAGACUUACACAUGACUACUUAAGAAGAGUUUGAGUGAAGUUUUGAUUUUUGGUUGAACUGUUGAGUGAUUUUGGGUAAUCAGAUGAGAUGAUUUGGAGUUAGGGGUAGGUGGAACUGAGGAUAAGUGAUAUAGGUACAUCCGCAACGAGGAAGCAGUAACUUAGGCGCUAAGAACAGCGUCUAUGCACGUGACUAACUGGGAGCUGUGUUCUAGAAAAACAAGAAGAAAAGGAGACCUUGAGAAAAACAAAACAAACAAACAUCUGCGGGGACUGUGGCGACCAGACAAACCAUAGUCGAUCGCAAUGACGACCAUAGCACUACACACACAGAGCACAAAGAAAUCCGGCGGGAUCGUACGCGUCGCCCGGAGCGCAUCAAAACAAACAAACAAAAAAGCUUGAUCAUCAUUAUGAUCCAAUCGUCUUCUAAAUCCAUGCCUCUCCUGGGAUGUAUUUGACCGGUGAGCAGACAUCGAGGAACACGGCCUUUUCGCCUUUUACCUGUGGAAACUCGCCAGACAAUUAUGGCUCAGGUGAUUUUUUACCUACAAACAAGUUCUUCCUAUCGUUGUACCCGUUUUGUGAGCCGUAACCCUAAGCCCCUUGAUUGUGCCUGAUCUCCCUUGCGUUGUACUCGUUUCGUGAGCCGUAACCCUAAGCCCCUUGAUUGUGCCUGAUCAUUAGCUUUAUCCUUAGUUGUCGGGUUCACUCUAAGCAUGAGGCCUGGAGAGUCCCGAAGCCUCCUCUAUUCGAUCCAGCAGUGAGCCAGCUUCGGUGUCAACAUGGGUGAAUUCGCCUGCUCUUCUGGGACCAAACUUGGGUCUGGACUUUCCUGAUUUUGGUGCAGUUGUUAAGAAGCAUACCAAAAUCUGGAAUAUUUGAUGCAUGAUUAGACCUCAUAUUCAUCUUAAGAUAGCCAUCUGCAUGCAUAUUCAUGCAGUGAGGCAGCCUCAAGAGGCACCCUGUUCCUGGACAGGCAACAUACUAGGGGAAGAAGCUUAUCUACUUGAGAAGCAUUUUCUUACCUUGAGAAGCAUAUUACUGAUCUUGAGAAGCAUAAAUCUUGAGAAGCAUUUGCUUACUUUGAGAAGCAUUUAUCUGCAGAAGGUUUUUGAGAAGGGGCAACAAGGGGACUUCUCAGGAUCAGUAUCUGAUUCCUGUGAGUUAAUGACAUAUGUCUUAUCAAGAUAAUGGACAUGGAUUCUUGUACGGGGAGCUCUAUCUGAUACUAUCUAUCAAGAUAAUGGACAUGAAUUCUUGUAGUACGGGGAGCUCUAAAGUCGGUUCUUUUGGUCGAGUGCCGACCUACAGAGGCAUGCGACUCGAUAAGGCUGUGGGUUUCCGGAGUGGGUCGAACGUGAGCACCAUGAGGAGUGAAAGCUUUGUUACGAGAACGAAAUAUUUGAUGGUUGCUACUGUUAAGUCGUGAUGAACCAUUGCGUGAAGCGGAAAAUCUUGUUCUCGAUUUGAUCAUUUGGCAUUGCAGCAUCGUUGUUGCUGAGUUCGAUUUUUAUUGAUGCGACGCGAUUACCCUGCGAAUACUAUCUUUUCUAAUAGCCGCAGCGAAAUUUCGAACGACCAUGCUUUCAACGAUCACGCGUUCUCGCAUGCAGGUGGAGGACAGGAAUUUCGAGAAGAUGUUGAUCACUAUCCAUUUAUAGUUAGAUAAAGGCAGAUACAUGUCAUAACACCAUCGAUCCAAGAAUUUUGCUUUCUACCCUUUAGAUGUUGAAAAUAGGAGUAUCAGAACCGAUCACAUGUGUAUGUGUGCCUACCGUCUAGUAUAAGAAUUCUCUGUUCGUGGUAAGAUAAUAUGGACGCAGUUUAAAUUAUUUCCAUGAGAACAUUGUAGAUGUAGAACAGAUUAGCGGUGGUCCACAGUUUGUCAUAUACUAGGCGUCGUUGAUACUAAAUCGAUGUGAAUAUGAUUAUUCCGAAAGUUGUCUGGUGUGGAAGUAGAAGCAAGUUUGUCUACAAGAAUUCCUUAUGUGCCGAAGCGACUUAGGAGGAAAAGCGGCGCCAGCAAUUUACACGAAGUCAAGGAAGCAGGAAUGUGGCUUUAUUUCUACAUGAAAGACAAAAAUCUAACGAAAACGAUGGUAGGACCUCUAGCGGGCGACAAUUAACGCAGUAGGCUGUGACGAAACAGACAAAAAUAUCUCAUUUCUAGCACUGUUCUCGCCGCUUCAAAGCUUAUUGCGACUGUCUGAGGAGGUGUGAGUAAGGAGCCCGCCUCUUCUAGUUUUGACUUCGAACUAGGAGUUUAAUGCGCCAGCAGAACCUCAGACGAGAAUACUACAAAAUCCAAUGAGUUGAUGUCAAACUUUACCUCGUCAGAGAAUACUACGAAAUCCGAUGAGUUGAUGUCAAACUUCAAGACGUCAGCAGUGAAGGAAUCAACAUGUCUCCACAUUAAAAUUUUUUUUUUCGACACAUGAUGAUUACUUAACGAAGAUCAUAGUGGGUGUGAAACAAUAGAACGGUGUAAUUUGUAAUUUAGCGCUUAUAAUUCGUGUUGGGAGUACAAGUAGAUAUUACUUAGCAUGCAGACUCACUCCUGUCAUCAACUAUCAUGUACUUGAUUAUGGUACCAAAUGAUAAGGUAGUUUGUGCCAGGAAAGCGUCAACAACUUGUACAUUGAAAGGCAUCUUGCCACGCAACAAGGAUCAUCGAGGAUAGAUGAACUCGAAGAUAGUACUGAAACUGAACAUGUCUUGGUAAUACAUCCAUAUGAUUUUCGUGCACCUGCC